GCCCUGUACAGCUAUCCAAAGAAGCAACAACCUUUAGCAUCUGAAGCUAACUGGCUAACGACCAAGAUGGAGAACCCCACCGCGGCGGAGCUAAUCUCUGCGGGGUUUUCUCGGUGUUAACGGACAGGACGGGACGAACGGACCCGGUUUGAUACACUUUGUAUUUUAAUAGGUCGUUUUAAUAAUAGUUGGUGUAGUUUCGGGGCGGUGUUAGCUCGUUAACCGUCAGCUAGCUCUCGGCUCUUCGUCUCUUACAUAAAAACAACGGCCGAUGAGCUGCAGCUGACCCGAGCUCAGACCGGAUUUAUGGCUCCGUAUCUCAGAUCUCUUUAUUUAAGCCUGGACUGUAUGUGUUGUUAACUGUUUUAAAAGCUAGACUCGGCUUCUGUUGAGUUUGAACAGUAUCUCAACACCGAGUUUAACGCGACAGACUAAAAGGAAAUUAAGCUUCUUACUGUCUUGCUGAGCACGGAGGACUUCACCCAGCGGACUCACAAAACACUGGACAUAUUUUUAUUAAAGCAACAAAGUCUGUCAAGUUUCAGAUUGUGUGUUAGAGACGUUUCCAGAGGUGUGACAGGCGGCAGGCUCCGGUCAGUGUGACCGACCUCCGGGCAGCAGAGCCGGUGCUGACCCUGCAGAGACCCUGACACAGACCAUGUUCCACAGGGGACCGUUGGUGCGGGUCUGUGGCUCUCAGUGAGUCCUCACAUACUGCCCAUGGCUGUCAGGGGGAGUCGGGCUCAGUCGGAGGUUUGACUCUCCUGUCUGACUCUCAGUGAACCUCUUCAUCAUCUGUCUGAGUUAAAGAGGAAGAGGAGGAUGGAGACAGGAGUCAGGUCUCACCUGGGCGAGAUCUUCGUCCACCCGCUGUCCAACCCCGGAGCUGCGGGGAUCUGUCCCGAGAUGCUGGAGGUGGCGGAGGAGGCGAGCCGGGCCGGAGACUUCAGCCUGGCGGUGGAGAUCUACAGCUCCCAGCUGUUAGACCUCCAGCAGCCGGACCGGGGGCUGUGUCUGAGGAAGGCCGACUCUCUGGCCCGAGCAGGCCGGGUAUCUGAGGCUCUGGACUCGUACUGCACAGCGGCCAACCUGGGCAAACUGAGGCCGGAGGAGCUGUCCCUGUUGGUGGACACCAUCGGCCGGACCCUCCGGGAGAAGGACCUGGGCAUCACCGGGACGGUAAACGGGCACGGUAAAGGCUGCAGCAGCAGCAGUGGGGAGGACGGAGGGGACAGUGAUGGGGAGUGUGGAGAUGAUGAAGCUCUGGACUUGUUUUCAUGUCGCCUCUGUAAGUGUCUGCUCCAUGAGCCCACCACCGUGGAGUGUGGACACACUUUCUGCAGGCGGUGUUUGGAGGGAGACUCGGUCAGAGAGUGUGUCCGCUGCAGACACAAGUUCAACAGGAAGGAUGGACUCAGGUUGGAUGUUGUUCUCAGCGGGCUGCUGGACAAACUGUUUCAUACAGAGAGCAGAGCCCGCAGACUGUGGAUCGAGGGAGAGGCCCUGUGGAAGAACCAGAAGCUCCCUGAGGCCCUGGAGAAAUAUGAUGCAGCAGUGGACCUGGCGCCCUCUUCAGGCAGACUGCUGUGCCAACGGGCCAAGCUGCACAUUGAGAUGAGGAACUUCAGUCAGGCCGUGCAGGACACCAACUGCCUCUGUCGGAUCAAACCUCUGUGGCCAAAGGCUCACUGUCUGAAGGCCACGGCGCUGAGUGAAGCCGGCAGGAACGAUGAGGCCUUACAGGAAUAUUUCAUGUGUGUGGCUCUGAAGCCGGACUGGACCAAAGUCAGACUGGAGGCUCAGAAGGUCCUCAGUGAGGUGUUCUCCUCUGUCUUUGAGAAUGAAGACAUGCCAACGCCGCUACACCCGCUGCAGGGGGGGCUGGCCACCCGCCUCAUCAAACCCCCCACCCUGCUCCGGUCCCUGAGGCCCCUGGCACAGAAACCUGGCUCCUCCUCCUCCUCACAGGACUCAGAGUUCAGUGUGACUAAAAGCGCUCCGGUGGACGACUCCAGACUCUCGGCUGCGUCUCCUGGUAAAUCGGAGCGUGCUGUCGGGGAGGGGAGCACCAAGAGCCUGGCUGACGUCCUGGCCACCCUGCCACCGCCCCCUGGUGGCCUCAAGAGGAAACACAGCGGGGAUGGACCCUCAGCCAUCUUCAACACACCCUCCAAACUGCUCAAACCUGAUCAGAUGAGCUAAAUCAGAGAUGGCACAGUAUGUGGACUGGGCAGGGUCUUGCUGGAGAGACGGCUGACAGGCGGGUUGAUGGCCACAGUAUUUCAGGUUUGACCGUGUGCCGUUUGUCAUGUGUUGUCCUGUCUGUUCUCCAGAUUGUUCUACGAGCCGGUGGCCACUCCCUGCGGACACACCUUCUGCAUCAAGUGUCUGGAGCGCUGCCUGGACCACAACCCCAACUGUCCUCUGUGCAAAGAGAACCUGUCCGAGUUUCUGGCCACCAGGGGCUAUAAGAAGACCCUGCUGAUGGAGGAAGUGCUGCAGCGUUACCUUGGAGACGAGCUGACUGAGAGGAAGAAGAUCCACGAGGAGGAGAUGAAGGAGCUGUCAAACUUGAACCAGGAAGUUCCCAUCUUUGUGUGCACCAUGGCCUUUCCCACCAUCCCCUGCCCGCUGCACGUGUUUGAGCCGCGCUACCGCCUCAUGAUCCGCCGCUCCAUGGAGACAGGCACCAAGCAGUUCGGCAUGUGCAUAGCUGACGAGCUCAAAGGUUUCGCCGACUACGGCUGCCUGCUGGAGGUUCGAGACGUGAAGUUCUUUCCUGACGGUCGUUCAGUGGUCGACACCAUCGGCGUGUCGCGGUUUAAGGUCCUCAGCCACGGCCAGAGAGACGGGUACAACACCGCCAAGAUCGAGUACCUGGAGGACAAGAAGGUGGAGGGGGAGGAGCUGGUGGAGCUCCUGAAGCUUCACGACUCUGUGUAUGAGCAGGCCAACAAUUGGUUCACCUCCCUGAAGGACAACAUGAAGAGUCAGAUUCUGAGCCACUUUGGACACCUGCCCAGCAAAGACCCCGACCCACAGGCCAGUCCCAGUGGACCCGCCUGGUGCUGGUGGCUGCUCGCCGUCCUUCCUCUGGAGAAUCGAGCCCAGCUCACCAUCCUGGCUAUGACCUCACUCAAGGACCGCCUCAUCGCCAUCCGCAGGGUCCUCAUCUUCGUCACGCGCAAAAGGCCGCGAUGAUCGCCUGACCGCUCGGGGAGGACGGAACCCCCCGGGCUUCUAUGCAGUUCAACAGUUCAUUCAUUCAUCUGUUCCGUCAUUCAUUCAGCCUCUCAUUUCUACAUGUGUUCACUCGUCAAUGCCUCGCUGUCAUGCAGCCUCUCUGAGCACAGAGCAGAUUGUGGAGAGCGUCAGGUGGGCGGGGUGCUGAUGUGAGGACGUUCAUCCAUUCGUCCCUCCUCACAGGACGAGUCAGGCGCCACCACAUCUCUCACCUGGCGUUCUCUGAUAAGUCUGACGUCGAAUCAGUUUCACUUCCACCUUCAGAUAAUGACCUGACUCUGUUAACGAAGGAUCAAACGUCACAGACGCAGUGUGAGGUUCUCUAUGUUUACUCUGCAGCAUUUCACUUAUGUUUGCUGCUGCAGAGCCACAGAGCCGUGCGGUCGCCGCAGAGCCGUGCGGUCGCCGCAGAGCCGUGUGGUCGCCGCAGAGCCGCGUGGUCGCCGCAGAGCCGCGUGGUCGCCGCAAAGCCAUGUGGUCGCCGCAGAGCUGUGUGGUCGCCGCAGAGCUGUGUGGUCGCUGGCUCCGCAGCUGUGUGCUGUGUAGCAGUGUGUAUCGGACGGUCCAGUCCAAACAGGAAGUCACCUCCUGUUAUAUGAAGCAAAAACAAACCCAGACAGACACUCACUCAGUGAAUGUACCGGUCCGGCGCUGUCGUCUCUUUCCUCUCUGUAUGAAGCUGCUUGGCGAGCUGAACACACGUACGUAUGUACACCAGCUGCUUCGCCCUCAAUCUUCCUGACUGAGCCAAAACUCAUGUCCUAUCUGCUGCCUCACCGGGCUGGUGGGCGUGUACCUCAAACUGUCUGAUAGAAAGUGAAGGGCACCGUGAGAUCAGACAGUGAUGGCGCCCGUGUUAACACGCACACACACACACACACACACACACACACACACACACACACACACACANACACACACACACACACACACACAGACGUACAGACGUAGUUUUGGGGGGGGUGAUUGUACAUUUUCUUGUCGUAGUUUUAUUUUCUGCCCUGAAGUGUCUGUGAAAGGUGAAAUGUUGAGUCGGGUGGUUUCUGUGUUUAUCAAUGUAACUCUGAGGCCUUUUAAUGUUUUAUUUAAGGAGCAUUUCACCCUCUAUCCCUCUAUCUCUUCCUCUUCCUCUCAGGAUGUUUACGUGCACGCUGUCACACAGGUACAGAACAUAACGCUGACCUGAGGAGUCAUGUGAUCACAAUGAGACGCCUCUGCACAGAGCGUUAAGAUGAGUUUCAGGUGAUCAGAUAAUGUUUGAUUCAGGAUGUUUAAACAGAAAUGUAUAAUGAGACUGUUAAAAAGGAAGAAAUCACUCGUACAGUAAUAAUGUUAUUAAUUAUCAGAGACAUUUAAAAUCAUUAAUCACAUCUUACAGUCUCCAGAUUGUAUUUGAAUGCCUCUGAAACAUGUGGCACUACUCAACAAAUAAAAGUUUUUGGAAACAAUUACGUAUAGGUAAAAUCAAUCAUUGUCUGUGGGUGAACACAUUAAACAGUGACUGAAAUAAACAUGAAGGAGUUAGUAUUUCAGGAACUGACGAGUGAGCGUGGAGACGUUUAAUCUACAUCACUGUGUCAUCAUGAACAUACAGGAUACACAAUAUAUUGAUGACAGAUUAUGAGCUGAUCGAUCAAACCUCCUCAGAGGUGAUCAGAGACACUGUGAACACAGGUGUAAAUACAGCUGUUUUCAGUCUGAAUAAACAUAAUCAUGUAAACUCAGCAGCAGCUCUCGAUCAGCUGAAGCUGCAGCUGCUCGGCCCACAGCCACUAGCACCUCUGCAGAGUCUCCCUCAGCUGUGAUUCAUUGUCCUCUCUCUCUGUGGUCACAUCAGCCUGUCUGAUCCUCACUGUCCUCCAAAUCUUCCUGACUGGAUCUGAUAACAGAGAAAACUAUGUUAAAAUAUGUUAUUGUCUCUUUAAAUACUGGAACACAGACAGUGUCACGUAAUGAUUUAAAGGUUGUUGACAGGUGGGACUGUUUGAGCUGAACAGCGCCUCCAGUGGUAAAACUUAAAACUGGAUAUUUAGUCUCAUGUUGCACAGUAACGACUCUGUAACGACUCUCAGUAACGACUCUGUAACGACUCUCAGUAACCACUCUCAGUAACGACUCUGUAACGACUCUCAGUAAUGACUCUGUAGCCUGACAAGUCCUUGCUGGAUUUCUGACUGCUGGUGGCGCUGUAGAGAAAUAUUUGUGUGACUGACUUCCUGUUUGGUCUGUAACCUGUGUGCUCCUACACAGGUGACCCAGGACAGGUUCCUGCUGACGCUCUGUGGCUGAUCAGUGAUUGGCUGUAGUCACAUGUUCAACACAUCGAUACAAACGUAGCAUAAAGUGACUAGAAGAAGGAUGUUAGUUGUUUUUCAGUUAGUUUAGUUUGGAAACACUGCCCCUGUGUUUGAACCUUAAAUACAGGAUGAAUGUUAAAGGAAGUGUUUCAACUCUGUGUGUGAGUCAUCAAAGUCCUGACGGUACCUGCACAGAACGACGAGCAGCAGUGUUUCAGGUGUGGUCAGCUGGUUCAGGUGUGUCCGUAUGACAGCUGUGGUUGUGAUGGCAUUGUCGGGCAGCGUGCACAUAAACGUCCGUGUGUCUGUGUAUGAUUCUGUCCUUCCAGAUGUUGGUGACUCGUCUGCAGUCACUGGCUCUCUGUCCGUGUGGGGACGGGAUUCACAACGUGCUGCAUUUCCCUGGUAUAUUUGUAAAGGGAGAUCUUAUACCUACUUUUUUAUUGAUAAUAAAGAAAAUCACUCAUUCU